AUCCAAUCGCAGCCCUGUGCGCUCCGACCUGGCAAGAUGGCGGCGCACUGAGGGGAACGUGGGGGAUCCGGUGCCUCCGCUCCCCGGUGCUUUUGAGGAGUUAGGACAUUCCUGAGGAAUUCCAGUGCCCCCUGGCGGUUCUGACCGCGCCUUCUCCCCUUAGAACCUCGGAGAUGUCGCUCCGCGCCGUGCUCAGGGUCGCUGCCUCGCUGCCGCGCUGCACCCCGGGCCUGCUCCUCCCGCCGCCGCCUCCUGGCCCGCCGUCCUCCCCCAUGGCCACCCUGAAUCAGAUGCACCGGCAGGGCCGCCCCGCGCCCCCUCCCCGCAAGCCGGGCGCCACGAUGGGCCGGCCGCAGAUCAAGGCCGUGGUGCUCAAGAACCUGAUCCGCAAGCCCAAGAAGCCCAACUCGGCCAACCGGCGCUGCGUGCGCGUGCGGCUGAGCUCGGGCCGCGAGGCCGUGGCCUUUGUGCCCGGCGAGGGCCACAACCUGCAGGAGCACCACGUGGUGCUGGUGCAGGGCGGGCGCACGCAGGACCUGCCCGGCGUCAAGCUGACCGUGGUGCGCGGCAAGCACGACUGCGCCCACGUGCAGGCCAAGAAAUGAGCGGGGACCCCCGUGCUGGGGGUGCUGGGGGAGAGCCCCCCCGGGCCGGGACUGGGGGCACUGGCUGGGGAUGGGCCCCGCCUGGGCGUGUAAAGUUGGAAUUAAAGUGUGGCAGUGGUGUGGA